AUGUCCUCCCCCAAACCACUUCGUAAACUACACAAACCCCCUACCCUAGCCACCCUACACACUCCCCACACCCGGCCACGCAAACGGCUGCAAAAGAGCCACAGCGCACCGACAUGUGCGCUCUUGCGUCAGGAUAUGCGGGUCCGGGGCCAGCGUGAAUGGCAAGGGAAAGGGCAAGAAGAGCAGAGCAUUUUUUUGCUAGAGUAUGAGGAUUAUGUUGGGUCAUCAACACCACCAUUGGCAUCACAGCCCUCACAACCAUCACCACCACCACCACCACCACCCCCCUCCUCCUUCCGCAAACCAGCAAUCCUAGGCGCAUACUCCACCCUCAACCGCGCCACGACCGGGGCACUCACACACGGCGCAUACGCAUUUAGCAAAGAGGGCGUCCUAGACGGCAGCGAGUAUCUAACUGCAACCGGGCGAAUCAAACUAACCUCGCAUCAAGUGCAAACCCAAGGUCCCACCGCCCCUUUCCCAGACCCGUCGGCGCUGCAAAAAAUCAGUACCAGUAUAGUGCGCCUGGAUAUCCCGCACCCGGGCGCUGCGCCCGCAGAUUCAAAUCCCAGCGCUACACAGCGUGGUCAGCGCCCUGCGGGCGAAAACCCAAGACAGAUCUUCCUCGCCCUGCACGAGACGCCCCAGCGCCUCUUUUGCAUUGCUGUGUUCACGAGUCUGGGGUUGGCAUGGGCUGCUUGUUUAAAAGACAAGGCGUGGUUGGCCUGCAGUGAUGAGUUGGAAGAUGAGCGGCGCGGCGUUGGAGAGGGGAAUUGUCCCGAGGUUUGGGUGCGGGUUAAGGGGGCGAGGGGGCGCCAGAGAUGGUAUGUCAAGUGUAUGGAGGUGGAUGUGGAUCUUGUACGAAGUGAGGGGGAGGGGGAGGGAGCUGGGGGGUUGCGAGGGGUGCGAGAUGUGGUGGCGGUGUUGGAGGGGGUGAGGGUGGAUGGUGGGGGGUUUGGGGUUGCGAGGAAGAGGGUUGGAGGUGGGGGUGCUUGGGAGGGGGGAGGUGAUGGUGUGAGGGUUACUGGGUAG